GCCUUAUGGCCGCUUGCGGAAGCUUGGCUGGGGAGGGAAGCGUGUCAUUUGUCGGGUGAGCUGCAAGCAGGACCGGCGGGAGAGUGGCCGAUCGACGUGGGGAGCGGACAUCCCCGAGAGAGCUUCAGGAGAGACAACUGGGAAAAAGAUUUCUGGCGAUUUUUGGAAAACGAAAGCAAGAAUUGAGGUGCUCUCUGAGUUGCUUGUUUUCUUGCAGGCGUUUCAUUAGCCAAACUAGUUCCUUUACAGUUUUGGUGAUUUGCCUCCACGUUCGUGACUUGCAUCCACGUUCUCCAACCAUGGCUGAAGGGGGUACAGAUGGGAACCAGCCACCGCGUGAGCAUCCCCGCAAUUUGCAGGGGUUGCUGCAGAUGGCAGUCAUGGCAGGCAAUGCCGAACCUGGUCAGACGGAACCUAUGUCUGAUGAGAGGAGACAGUGGUUGCAGGAAGCCAUGGUUGAGGCAUUUCGUGGUCAGAUGGAUGAAGUGGAGCAAAUGAAGGAAUGCCUGCGUAUUUUAGAAGAGUUAAGCCCAGGAGCAGAACGUGGGGAAAGUUCAGAGGAAAUGCAUUCAGAUCUUGACCGAAGGGAAAGUGCCCUCGAUGUACUGGCAGAGUUGUGUGAAAACUUGGAUAACGCUGCAGAUUUCUGCAAACUGGAGGGCAUGCGGCUGUUGGUCCACCGAUACUUGGAACAUGAAGAGCAGGAACUGCGAUGGCGAACAGCCCAUUUGGUGGGCACCUGUGCCCAGAAUGUGCCUAUGGUUCAAGAGCAGGCCCUGGCACUGGGCUGCAUGAGGAAGCUGCUGCGGCUGCUGGAUCAUGACCCCAGCGAGGCUGUUCGGAUCAAGGCGCUUUUUGCCAUUUCUUGCUUAGUAAGAGCCCAAGAAGCUGGCCUACAGCAAUUCUUACGCCUUGAUGGUUUCUCUGUCCUCAUGAGGGCCAUGCAGAGUAAUGUACAGAAACUGAAGGUGAAAUCAGCCUUCCUCCUCCAGAAUCUUCUCAUAAACCACCCAGAACAAAAAGAGACUCUCUGUUCCAUGGGCAUGGUUCAACAGCUGGUGGCUCUGGUCCAAUCUGAACACAGUACCUUCCAUGAGCACGUCCUGGGAGCCCUGUGCAGUCUGGUAACAGAUUUCCCCCAAGGUGUGCGAGAGUGUCAAGAGCCAGAAUUAGCACUGGAGGAACUGCUAAAGGAACGCUGUCGGCUGCUUAGGAAUCAAGAAGAAUUCCAGGAGGAGCUGGAUUUCUGCGAGACCCUACUGCGUCUUUGCUUCCACAGUCAGCCUGAGGAAAACAACAUGGACCGGUAGCUUGGCUGUUUGACAUGGUUGAAGUUCGCACUCAUCUUUGGAUCUGUGCUGGUUGGAGGCCUCUGAUGGAAAUACCCCCAUUUAUCCUACAUCCGCUGACCCAGCGGUAAGCUGGAGUAACAGAAGAUCUUUUGGAAACUGAGAUAUGUUGCUGUUAAGCUGAAUGGUCAGCAGGAAGACUUUCAUAAGCUGUUGCUGCAUAACUUCCUUUUCAUCAUCCUGCAAAAUGCAUUUUUCUAUCCUUGUAGUUUGCUGGUAACUUUGCUCAUCACAGUAUAGCUUCCCUACUCUAAAAACCAUAGUUUUUAAAGGAUUCUUUCAAUCUCCAACUUUAACUGGGAAAUGAGCCCUACUUCCUAUUGUGCUUUGCUUGUUUUCAUCGUUGCUGUGAUUAGAAGGGAGGGACGAGGUUGAGUACUUUUUAAUGGCUUGGCCAUUUAAAGCCUUGGAAGAGAAAUCAGCAUUUUUAAAAAAUUCUAUUCCCAAGCAUGUGCCUUCCAGAUGUUUGAACGUUCACUCCCAUUAUCCUUAAACUAUCAAAAACAGGGUUUAUGAUGCUUCAUCUCUGUUCAUGCAGGUAGCAAUUGAAGUCCACAGGUAUGGAGAACAGAGUUUGGGGGGCAAACUCUUUUCCAGCUAUCACUGAAAGACAGGAAUGUUGCUGCACUGCUCUUGAGCACGAAAAUGCUUUCAGCACCUCUCAAGAUGGCAUCUAUGGCUGAGGGUGAGAGGGUUGUUAAAAAUUUAAACACAUAUGAAAUCAUCUGGAAAUCACCUCCCACUCCAGACUUACAAGAUUGCUGCAUUUUUGUGCAGAACAUUAGGAAACCUGGCUACAGCCAUAAAUUAAUCAAUUUUAGUUCAGGAUUCUGCUUAAAAUAAUGUCUAUCUCUUGGGGAUGAUAGGAAGUAGGGGACCCCCCAAAUUACUUCUCUAAAUAUGUUAUGUUUGUUCAGCAAAGUGAGCUUUUUACGCCUAUGUAGAAAUGCUGGAUCUGUAUGAUAGUUACCUUUAAAAAGUGUUUCAAAUAUGGGAUAACUGGAAAAGGUAUGUCAGAUUGGGCAUCUUGAAAGGCAAACAGACUGUUGCUUCAGUAGAGAUGAAAAAUGGAUUACCAUACAUAGAGGUAAAAGGAAAUUCCAUUUUCUUUGCAAGUCUUGGAGCCCUGCCUCCUUCCCCCCGCCCCCCCCUUGCAAAUGGCUUUCCUGGUUAGAAAUGGGGAUUGUAGACCUUUGGAUUCCCUCCCCCCCUCCAAUUGGCUCAUCUGAUGUACAGUAUUCAAGCCACUUGUAUCUUCUAUCACCACGCCUUGCUAUUGCUGUAUUCUUUUUAACAAGUUUCUCUUUUGGGUGAUAAGUCUGGCAUGUUUUUUGUUUUUCCUAUCAGCAAAAGCUUGUAAAAUGUUGAACACCUCUCUUUCACCUUUUAACAUAAAUAAACAUAGAGGAAGAUGCUAGAUCCUGCAAGAGAAGGGGCCGCAAACUGGAAGCCUGUUAGUCCUAAUCAGCCUCCUUUCCAUCAGCUAAUGCAGAGGACUUCAUACGUGGCAACUUUAAGACUUGUGGACUUUGACUCCCAGAAUUCUCCAGCCACAAUUCUGGGAGCUGAAGUCCACAAGUCUUAAAGUUGCCAAGUUUGAGGACCCCUGAGCUAAUGCCUACCUUGGUACUACCCUAGAGGCAAGACUGCUGGAUUAUACAGGUAGUCCUCGAUGUACAAUCAUAAUUAAGCCCAAAAUUUCAAUUGUUAAGCAAGAUAAUUAAGUGAACUGUGCCCAAUUUUGUGACCUUUUCUGCCACAGCUGUUAAAUCACUGCAGUUUUAAGUGAAUCAUGUGGCUGUCAAGUGAGUCUGGCUUCUCCAUUGAUUUGGUCAGAAAGUUUGAAAAGGUGAUUACAUGACCCCGGGACCAUCAUAAAUACAUGCCAGUUGCCAAGCACCCAAAUUUUGAUCCCUUGACCACGGGGAUGCUGCAAUGGUCAUAAGUAGGAAAACCAGUCAUAACACACUUUUUCAGUUGUAACUUUGGUCACUAAAUGAAUGGUCAUAAAUCGAGGACUUCCUGUAUUGGGAAAUAAAGCAAUGAGAUUUGCUCCCACACUCGUAUAUAUCAGGUAGGAACAGGGGAAGGAAUUGUCUUCCCAAAAUCAUCAUCCAUAAACUUGACACUAACCAGAUAUAGGAAUGUAUGAAACUGAAAAGCAGAGAAAGAACAGCCAAGAGCUAAAAAGUAGAUAUCACGUAAACAACCCUUUGGCAAGAUGGCUUAUUUCUUAUUUUCCAAAAUGCUGGGGAUGCUCUUGUAGUAACACACAUCUUCUUUCUUGAAUGUUAGAUGUGUGAUUAUAGACUUGGGUUCAAGGUCCUGAAUAAAAACCUUUCACCACA